CAAGACACCAGCCAGCGACCUCGCGCCCUCACAGAAAGAACCCUCUUUGGCUCAAGGCUCUGGUGUCCUCGAGCCGCGGGAGGCGGGCGCGAGCACAGCUCGUAGCAGCCGCGAUGCGCCGCGCCCGCUGCGAGCCGCCCCUGGCGGACCCGCUGGCGGCGCUGCUGGUCGUGCUGGCGCUGGCCGUGGCCAGCGCGGCCCCCGGCCACCGCGCGAGCGCGCGGGGCCGCCCGCACCGCAGCCUCGGCGGCCCGGUGCCCGCGCGCUGCCUCGGCGCGGACCCGCAGGAGCUGCUGCUGAGCCUCACGUCGGCCGAGGUGUACAACCGGCUGUAUCACCCCGGCGCGGAGAGCGGCACCCCGACGCGGCUGGAGCAGCAGAUCUACGUCGAGAAGCUCGUGGGGGUCGAUCAGACUGCGCAGACAGUGACCAUCGCUGGCUAUUGGCGGUCCGCGUGGCUGGACGAGCGGCUGGCGUUCGCAGAGGAGUGGGGGGACUGCUUCGACCAUCUCGACCUGCACCUGGACAACAACCUGGAGGGCCCACCCCAGCAGGACCCUCUCCUGAUCUGGGCGCCCUCGCUCUUCUUCCAGAAUGUCUUGACCGAGUCCUACUCCACCUACUCUUUUCGGGUGAUGCCAUCGGGGCGAGUGUUCAGAAGCAUUCAGAUAUUGCACAAGUUCUCCUGCGCCAUGGAUUUUGGCAGGAUGCCGUUUGAUACGCAAAAGUGCCCUGUAACGAUCAUGCCCUAUGACGAACCAGCUAGCAGCGUGGGGCCGGCGGAUUGUGCCAAUGGCAUCGGGCAGUUUUGUGGACGGGACGAGGGGCGGCGAUGACGAUGGCCCGAUCAAGGUCCAAACCACUUUAUGGGAUGCGGUGGAUUUUGCUUCAGCCGUUUCGCAGGAAGGCUACACAGUUGGAGACGAGUCGUUGAUGUAUGAUGCCUUGACUAUAAAUUUCAUCUUGCAGCGCAAGUCUGGAUUUUCUGUGAGAAGAGACGUUGCAUAUGCUGUUUUAUUUGUCUUCAUGUCAUAUGUUGGGUUUUUCGUGGACUCCAAGGCUGCACCUGCGCGAGCGGCCUUGGCGGUAAUACCUGUAUUAACAAUGCUGAAUCACCUCAAUUCCGUUGAACGAAGCUUGCCUCCGCUUUCGAGUAGUACCUGGCUGACUUCAUUCUUGAUGUUAAGCUUGGUAUACACGGCAAUCGCUGUUCUGGAGUUGGCUGUCAUCUCCGCAACUUUAGGCAUUGAGCGAAGGCGCGCAGGCAGAAUGGCCACGUUUGAAAAACUUGCGAAGCGCAUGCAGGAUGUGAGUAAUCCGUUGAACGAUCGCGAGCGCAAAUUGUUUCAGACGUUCUUCAAGACCAUCGACUCUGGGGGGCUUCUCUGUGAUUCUGACGGCACGAUCAGUGUGACGGAAUUGAAGGCAGGGCUUCGCCAUUUCAACAUCUAUUAUUCGCUCGAGCAGUGCUCCGAUGUGAUCGAGCUCGUGCGCAGUCAGCACGCGUCCGUGUCGGGUCUUCGUCGCCCGAGCCUCUCUGGUGGGGCGCAGGAGGACUUCGACGUGCCCCCCGCCCCGGCGGCCCAGCCAAGGGUCGCACGGGCGCCGUGGGAGUCCCCUCCCGCUCCUUCUGCUCCCGCUGCUCCUCCCAGCCCUGGCGACACCGAGUUCGCGCUGGUCGCCGCGGCCCCGCACCAUGCCCACACGCUGGUCGCCGCCGCAGGGGCCUCCGCCACGGCGGUCGGGGCCGCCGCGCAGAGCCACCAGCAGAGCCAGCGGAAGAGCCUCGCCUCGUCGGGGGCCGCCACCAUGUGCCCGGUGUUCCCGCGAGCCCUCGGUUGCUUCGGCUCGUCCAUGCCGCGGCCAGAGAGUUCCCAAGAGACCCCGCUGUCCAUAAGGCAACAGGCCCACCAGCCGCAAUUGCACGUCGACCCAGGGCUGCAGAAGCAGCAGGUGCCUCGCGAUGUGGGGCCCUCGAGUUGUGCCCAUCAGUCGAGCAGCGGUCACUCGAUCUCGAACCUCGAGUUUCGCACCCUCCUCAUCAUGUUCGAGAACGGGAGCAUCCAUCCGACACCACCGUGCGUGACCAAGUUCUUCGACCAGAGACCCUCUGACAUUAUCGACGGACUGGCUCGCUACCUCUUCUUCUCAACCUACCUGCUCUGCAUCCUCAUCAUGAUCCCAACCAUUGCGGCGUACCCGAGCAGCGCCGACCAGUGACCUCCGGGGGACACGAGGGCGCCCCGCACCGGCAGGUUCGAACGCUGCCUGUGGCCCCAGCACCGGGCGACGCCGAGCGACCUUUGCCUGUGCCCUGCGCCGCGCGGACUCCUGGCGCGAGACUUCGUGCCGGCAGCCCUCGGCCCUCUCUUUUGCUUCGGGGUUCUGUCCAUCCCCGAUUCCCCUCAUCCUCCUCCUCGUCUCCCUUUCUGCUUUCCACUAUCUCUGGCUUGCUGCUCGCUGCAUGCCCACAAAGGUGAUGUGCGACAGCUCCCGUGCACCUGGACGACGUGAAACCCCAGGUUAUUUGUUGUUCCAGAGGCCAUUUGGCGCCGUCGAGAAGAUUUAAAGUUUUCAUACGGCCGCAAUGCGACGCCCAUAUGAGUCAGAGUUACCCAGACCUGGCGUUCGCAUGUAAACCUCUGCGGGUAACGCAAGUAUUGGUGUGCAUAGACGGUGCUACCAAAAACAAAAAGUCCCUAUGCCAAGCAGGUGACGGAAAGAGCGAG